AUGGCUGCCCAAGCAGCUACCAAGACCAGAACUCAUGAUGAAUACACUGUGGGAUGGAUCUGCGCUCUGUCCAAAGAGCAGACCGCCGCGACGGCUAUGCUCGACGAUAGACAUGGCUAUCUUCAGAAGCCGCCAAAUGAUCCAAACACAUACACCUUAGGGUCGAUCGGCAAGCAUAACAUUGUUAUAGCCUGCUUGCCCGAAGGUGAGAUUGGUACCAACUCAGCAGCGACUAUCGCGACCUGGAUGAUUUCCACUUUUCCAUCUAUCAAGUUCGGCCUGAUGGUUGGUAUUGGUGGAGGUAUUCCCCCGAAGGUUCGACUUGGUGAUGUAGUUGUUAGUAUACCUACAGACCAGUAUCCUGGGGUAGUUCAAUGGGACUUUGGCAAGGCAGAAGAAGGCGGCAAGUUUAGGCAGACCGGAUCGCUGAACAAACCACCUACCUUACUCCGCACAGCUUUGACGAAAUUAAAAACGGAAAAUGAGUUGAGCGGGUCUAAGAUACCAGAGUAUCUCGAUGAACUAAGACAGAAAUGGCCGAGACUGGUGCCAAAAUACCUUUGGUCUGAGUCACGGAUAGACCCUCUGUCUAAAUCACACACUUCUCACAACAGUCACGGUUCCCAGAACCCUGGCAAUCCUUUAAAACGUAAGGCCGAACAGAUAGAUGAGACAGCUACAGUUGAUGUAGGCCAGAAAAAGCAAAGAGAUAUAUACGUGCAUUACGGUUUGAUUGCGUCGGGUAACCAAGUGAUCAAAGACGCCAAGUUUCGUGAUGACCUUGACCAGCGUUAUGACGGGAAUGUAUUAUGCGUCGAAAUGGAAGCAGCAGGACUGAUGAAUAAUUUCCCAUGCAUUGUUAUCCGGGGCAUUUGCGACUAUGCCGACUCACAAAAAAACAAAGAAUGGCAGGAAUAUGCUGCGGCGGUAGCUGCGGCGUUUGCAAAGGAAUUACUUCAAUAUGUUCAGCCAAGCGACGUUGACUCAGAGCGCCCAGUGAGAGACAUAAUUAAAGAAGUUCGUAGUGAUGUUACACACAUUAGGUCUAAGUUGGAUGGAAAGGAUGACAUUGAAAUCCUCGACUGGCUUACACGAACCGACUACGGCCCGCAGCAAAGCGAUAACUUCAACAGGCGGCAACCGGACACCGGAAUUUGGUUCCUUAAGUCGGCGGAGUUCCAGGAUUGGCUGACUACAAGCCGUCGGACACUGUUUUGUCCAGGCAUUCCUGGCGCAGGAAAGACGAUCCUUACGUCUAUCGUGGUCGAGUACCUCAACUCAAAGUUUUAUAACGACUCUAAAACCGGCAUCGCCUACAUCUACUGCAACUUUAAAAAACAGGAAGAGCAAAAGGCUGCAGAUCUGCUCGCCAGUCUACUGAAGCAGCUGGCUCAAAGCCGGCCUUCUUUAUCAAAUAGCGUUAAAUCUCUCUAUGGUAGUCAUCAGACAAAGCGGACGCGACCAUCACUUGACGAAAUCUCGAAGGAACUCCAGUCCAUAGCUGUUCUCUAUUCGAACGUCUUCAUCGUCGUGGAUGCGUUAGAUGAAUGCCAAGGAUCUGAUAGCAGCCGCCUGAAAUUCCUCUCGGAGAUCUUCAGCCUCCAGGAAAAGUGUGGAGUCAAUCUUUUCGUGACCUCGAGGUUCAUCCCAGAGAUCACGGAAAAAUUCGAGCGGAGCAUAUCACUGGAGAUUCGGGCCAGUGAACAUGACGUACGGAGAUAUAUGGACGAUCAUAUAUCGCGCUUGCCAUCCUUUGUCCGACGCAAUUCAGAUCUGCAGGAGGAAGUCAAGACUGGGAUCGCCAGUGCCGUCGAUGGCAUGUUUCUACUUGCGCAGCUUCACCUUGACUCCCUAAUCGGCAAGAGAUCCCCCAAGGCUGUCCGUGCAGCUCUGGCAAAGCUUCCGACCGGUUCAGAAGCUUACGACCUUGCAUAUAAUGACGCAAUGAAGCGCAUCGAAGGUCAGGUCGCCGGCCAAGAGGAGCUCGCCAAACAGGUUCUAUUGUGGAUCACCUGUGCAAGGAGACCACUUACCACUACGGAGCUUCAACAUGCGCUUGCCGUAGAGGUCGGAGAAUCGGAAUUUGACGAAGAGAACCUUCCACAGACCGAAGACAUGGUCUCGGUAUGUGCUGGAUUAGUCACGGUUGACGAAGAAAGCAAAAUCAUACGACUAGUCCACUACACGACUCAGGAAUACUUCGAGCGGACGCAGAAACAUUGGUUUCCAACUGCGCAGACCGACAUUGCCACAAUUUGCGUUGCCUAUCUCUCAUUUAACGCUUUUGAGACCGGGUUCUGUGAAACAGACCAGAAAUUCGAGGAGCGAUUGCGAUCAUUUCCGUUCUACAGUUAUGCCACACACAGUUGGGGACACCAUGCUGCCAAGGAUGAAGCGAGUCAAGAAGUCGUUAGUUUUCUCGAGAGUAAAACUAAGGUCGAGGCAUCGAGUCAAGCACUAAUGGCCACUAAGACAUACAGCUACUUAAAUAAGGGUUACAGUCAAAAUAUUCCAAAGAAAAUGACCGGACUACAUUUGACAGGGUUCUUUGGGGUGAACCAGGCUACAACUACACUCCUUGAACUUGGACACAGCCCAAAUGUGGAAGACACUUGGGGUCAAAAGCCUCUUUGGUUUGCUGCCAAGAACGGACACAGGGCCACAGUCGAGCUACUUUUAGCAUGUGGAGCGAGUGUUAACGCUGCUGAUAAUUACGGAAAGACUGCACUUCAAGCAGCAGCUGAAAAUAACCACCAAGAGGUUAUUGAAAGGCUGCUAGCAGCAGGAGCUGACGUUAAUGCUGCUGCUAGUGAAUAUGAACGGACUGCACUCCAAGCAGCAGCUGAGAACGGGCAUCAAGAAGUUGUUGAAAGGCUGUUAGCAGCAGGGGCUGAUGUUAAUGCUGCUGCUAGUGAAUAUGGAAGGACUGCACUCCAAGCAGCAGCUGAGAACGGGCAUCAAGAGGUUAUUAAAAAGCUGCUAGCAGCAGGGGCUGAUGUUAAUACUGCUGCUGCUAAAUUUAGAAAGACUGCACUCCAAUCAGCAGCUAUAAACGGGCACCAAGAAGUUGUUGAAAGGCUGUUAGCAGCAGGGGCUGAUGUUAAUGCUGCUGCUAGUGAAUAUGGAAGGACUGCACUCCAAGCAGCAGCUGAGAACGGGCAUCAAGAAGUUGUUGAAAGGCUGUUAGCAGCAGGGGCUGAUGUUAAUGCUGCUGCUGCUAAAUUUAGAAAGACUGCACUCCAAUCAGCAGCUAUAAACGGGCACCAAGAAGUUGUUGAAAGGCUGUUAGCAGCAGGGGCUGAUGUUAAUGCUGUUGCUGCUGAUUAUAGAUAUACUGCACUCCAAUUAGCAGCUACGAACGGGCAUCAAAAAGUUGUUGAAACUCUGUUGGCAGCAGGGACUGAUGUUAAUACUGCUAAUACGUAUGGAGAGACUGCACUUCAAGCAGCAGCUAGGAACAGCCAUCAAGAGGUUGUUGAAACCCUGCUAGCAGCAGGAGCCCGCUGGCAACUAGAAUCCACAUAG